AUAGGGCGUGAUUGGUAGUCCCUGAGCAAUCUGAGAGGAUGAGUGAAGCAAUUGAAAAGCUGGAAAGUGCAAAAACAAAUUGUAGCAGCGAAUAAGAGGCAUCAUAUGAUUGGAUUUGGUGGUACAUGUUUAUUAUCUGUCAAAUGACAAAGCAAAUGCAGUGUGUGUAGCAGUAAGUAGUAGUGUGUGUUUUCCGCCCCGCUCCAUCCCCUCCCUCCACUUCCAAAAUAUUCAUUCCACAACACCCACUCACUCACUACUCACUACUCACUGCUGUCUAACCGUCUACGCAAACACACGCACUUUCUGCAUUUUUUCUCUCUUCAAACCGCACAUACAUCACCCCAUUCAUUUUCUUUUUCUCUUUCUCCUUUUCCUAUGAGACUCUCCCUCUUCUCACUCUUACCCCACCGCCAUCCCAAUAUCAUCACAACCACGCCCCGCUCCUCCCGCAUGGACGCAUCCUUCCACCGCCGCAAGGACAAGGUCGUCGUCAUCGUCGGUGCCACCGGCUCAGGCAAAUCCCGUCUCUCUCUCGACCUCGCCUCCCUCUCCUUCCCCUUCUCCGAACUCAUCAACUCUGACAAAAUGCAAGUCUACAACGGCCUCGAAAUCACAACCAACAAGAUCCCCAUUCACGAGCGCAAAGGCGUCCCUCACCACCUCCUCGGCGACGUAUCCCCUGCACACGGCGAGUUCUCCCCCUCCGACUUCCGCCGACGCGCCGGAGAAAUCAUCUCCGAUAUCACCUCCCGAAAUAAGCUCCCCAUAGUCGUUGGCGGCUCCAACUCCUUCGUCCACGCACUUCUGGUGGAACGAUUCGACCCGGAGUUGAACGUGUUUGAUGGGGACGCUGAGAUAUCGCCGGAGUUGAGGUACGAGUGCUGCUUCCUCUGGGUGGAUAUAUCGUUCAAUGUGUUGAGGGAUUACUUGUUGAAGCGAGUGGACGACAUGCUUGACUCAGGAAUGGUGGAAGAGUUAGCUGAGUUCUUCGACCGCGACUCGCCCGAUUUAGAACUCGAAUCGGCCAGCCGAACCGGUUUGAGAAAAGCCAUUGGGGUGCCUGAGUUCGACCGCUUUUUUAAAUUGUACCCUCCUGGUUGCCACGAUUCACUGCGGGCGGGUGCAUACGAGAAAGCCGUGAGGGCCAUAAAGGAUAACACGUGUCAGCUGGCCAAGAGGCAGAUACAAAAGAUCCACCGGUUAAAAGCUGCCGGGUGGGACCUACGGAGGCUAGAUGCCACGGAGGCGUUUCGGGUGCUCAUGACGUCAGGGCGUGACGGCGGCGCCAACGGCGGAGAUAGGUGGUCCGAUGUGUGGGGGAGGGAUGUGUUGGAACCAAGCGUGAAGAUUGUGAGGCGCUUCUUGAUGGAGUAGGUCUUCCAGCUAAAUCCAGCUACUACUCUAACUCUCUUUCUUUUUUUUUUUUAAUUUAAUUUCAUUGUGUUUAUUUUACCACCAAAAAAGAGAGGGGAAAAAACAAGCUGACAAAAUUGUUUGGGGGAGGGGGGAUUGUACAAAAAAAAUGGAAAUGGGUAAAUGCGACUUUGGAUAAAUUAGGUUGUGCUCUCGGGAGAUUGGAGGAAUGGGAAAUGGCCAUGGUCGUGACCAUUGGCUACCAAAUUUUGGUUUCUGUUCAUGUGAGGUUCUACAGUUUUACUCAAGGCUGAUUUUCGUGGCAACAAUGUAAGAAAGAAAACAAAAAGAAAAAAUAUAUCGAUAAUAGUACUACAGAAAAAAGAUGAGAAUUUUUGUUAGCGUUAGAUUUUUUAUUUUUUAUUUUCACCCUUUCCUCCUGGAGCUUUGGCUGGCGUUGUUGUUAAUUAUUAAAAGGAAAAUAUUGCAACCUGAAACUGUGAACGAAUGUUUGUUGCUGUCGAAGUUAUUCAUGUGUUUCCCACUCUUGUUUGUUUGUUUUCUCUCACUCAUAUAUUGGGCGUGGACGUUGAAAUGAUGAGCAAAUCACAUAACAUAGGGAACUUUCUAACAGCAAGUAAGGCACAUAUUUAUUUGUGUUUGGUAUAUACUAGUAAUAACAUUACAACAUAUAACUUAUAACCAAUAAUAAAUAAAUGGGUACAAAAGAUGAGAGGAGAAUCUUAUUGUGGAAUCUGGAUUAAGGUUUUAGGAGUUGGGGAUGGCAGGCAACAAACACCCAAAUUCUCUCCAACCCCACUUUUCAUUCCUCCCCUCCAAUUAACUAAAGGACAACCAUGCGCUUUUCUCCCUUUUUCCUUUUCACCUUUUUUUUUUCUUCUCAUAUUUAAUUCUUUUGU